GCGCUCCGCGCGGCCGUCGCCGGAGGCCGAGGGUAUAAAGGAAAACGCACGGGGAGGGGAGGGCAUUCGAGCUGAGAGUUUUGAGCCGAGUGGACGUCGUGCAGUUCGCCGUCUCGUUCGCCUUGCUCCGUGUCUCGUCGACUCGUCAACCCGUCAGUCUUGUGCAUCAGUGCAGUGCCUGUGACCCUUGGAUUACCACAGCACCGCCAGUGUCGCCAGUGUCUGUGAACAGUGCAGUGUCAGUGUUCGACGUUUUCUCCCUUUCGCUCUUCCUCGCCACGAUGAAGGCCACCACCGCAGUGUGCGACGCCGUGGGCUCAGUGAACGGCGUGUCCGUCGGCCGCGUCCACAAGCAGAGGCGCGACGUGGAGAACGAGGAGGUGCAGAUGUACCUGUCCAAGCUCAAGGAGCUGGUGCCCUUCAUGCCCAAGAACAAGCGGCUGAGCAAGCUGGAGGUGAUCCAGCACGUCAUCGACUACAUCUGCGACCUGCAGUACGCCCUGGAGGCGCACCCCAACGCCGAGGCGCUCAUCACCACGGCCCUGCCCACCGUGCCCGCGGUGUCCGCGCGGUCGCACCACGCCAGCGGCCAGCCCCGCCAGCCCCUGGGAGUGCUGGGCGUGCCCAACACCAUCGUCCCCGGCAGCACAUGCGCCGUCCAGGAGCAGACCUCAAUCACGACGCCCAGCCACCUACGAGAGAAGGUGCCCUCGUCAGACAGCCGGCCGGUGUCGUGCUGAGUCAUCGUUUUCGUUAUCUCUCUCUCUCUUCUUCUCUCUUCGCCAUCAUUGUCAUCACGUCACCAUCAUCUUCCCCGGAAGUGGCCGGCCGUCGCGGCGCCACCUAGGAUUACUUCGCCAUCCCCAAGCAGGAUCUGUUCACGUUAGGAACCACUUAUUAUGUAGACGACAAAUCCUGCGGCGUGUAUUCAGCGACUGAGUUUGUGUAAAUUUCAAGUGUAGCAGUCCUAAUAGAGAUUCACUAACUGUGUGCAUGAGCACCAUUUGAGCUAUUUCAUAUUUUAUUGAAUUAUAAUUUAUUUUGUUUUCCCCUUUUAUA